CCCCGCCUCGCUGCCCCUGAUUGGCUACCGGCCUCUCACUGACAACUGUCACCGGACAUCUGACAGUUGCGACUGGCUGCUGCGUCUGUCUGCCAAGCCCCGUGCGACCGCCUCCCCUUCUCCAGGAGAGCGAGUUAGGCUGCGCGUUCAGCAAAUCCCAUUCUGGACAGCUCCGUGUCCCUGAGCAGAAGACGCCAGAGGAGUAGAGGGGUCGGACAUGGAGAGGAGCAGCAGCAGCACUUGGGAUCGGUGAUCAGAACAUCCACCCCCUGCCCCCAGACACGCACUCAGCACUCACCCUCACACCCACUCACACACACUCACCCCUGUCAGACACCCACUCACCCCUGUCAGACACCCAGAGGCCUUAAAUUCUCCUCCUUCUCAUCUGCCCCCCAAUCCCCCGCACAUGGACUGACUGAAGACUGAAUGAAGACUUCGUACAACACCUUUAGAUGCCUCACCAAAGAGCUGGGGGCCUGCGCCAUGAAUCCGGAGAUGACAAUGGACAGUCUGGCCAGUUUACACGGUGGGACGAGCCAUGAGCACGAGCUGAUCACUAGCCACAGCCCUCACCAUCACAGGAGCGUUACAUCUCUGAGGCUCCACCAGGACCUGACCCCUCCAACCUCCAGAUCCGCCAUGGUCUCCAGUAUGGCUUCCAUCCUUGAUGGGUCUGGCGAGUACCGGCCUGAGUUGUCCAUCCCUCUACACCACGCUAUGAGCAUGUCCUGUGACUCCUCUCCCCCGGGCAUGGGCAUGAGCAGCACCUACACCACCUUAACUCCACUCCAACCUCUUCCUCCCAUCUCUACUGUGUCCGACAAAUUCCACCAUCACCCUCAUCAUCAUCCCCAUCACCCUCAUCAUCACCACCAGCGCCUGACUGGCAAUGUGAGUGGUAGUUUCACCCUGAUGAGGGAUGAGAGGGGUUUACCAGCCAUGAACAAUCUCUACAGCCCCUACAAGGACAUGACGGCCAUGGGCCAGAGCUUGUCCCCUCUGGGGAACGGUUUAGGCUCCAUCCACAACACCCAACAAAGCCUCCAUAACUAUGGACCCCCUGCUCAUGACAAAAUGCUCAGCCCAAACUUUGAUGCCCACACUGCUAUGCUGGCAAGAGGGGAUCAGCACCUCUCCAGGGGUCUUGGCACCCCACCUUCUGCCAUGAUGUCCCACCUCAACGGGAUGCAUCACCCCAGUCACCCAGGUCAUGCUCAGUCUCAUGGGCCAGUGUUAGCCUCCAGCCGUGACAGGCCACCCUCCUCUCCCUCUGGCUCUCAGAUCAACAGCUCUGGCCAGUUGGAAGAAAUUAACACCAAAGAAGUUGCCCAAAGGAUCACUGCCGAGCUCAAGCGAUACAGCAUCCCACAAGCGAUCUUUGCCCAAAGAGUACUGUGCCGGUCACAGGGUACUCUCUCUGACCUGCUGAGGAACCCCAAACCUUGGAGUAAACUCAAAUCUGGCAGGGAGACCUUCAGGAGGAUGUGGAAAUGGCUGCAAGAACCCGAGUUCCAAAGAAUGUCAGCUCUUCGGCUUGCAGCACCAGAAUUCUCCGCUAUCUUGCAGUCCUCAUGCAAACGCAAGGAACAGGAACCGAACAAAGACCGAAAUAGCGCCCAAAAGAAGUCCCGUCUAGUUUUCACAGAUCUCCAACGCAGAACGCUAUUUGCCAUCUUUAAAGAGAACAAGCGUCCGUCCAAAGAAAUGCAGAUCACCAUCUCCCAGCAGUUGGGCUUGGAACUCAACACAGUCAGCAACUUCUUCAUGAACGCCAGGAGGCGAAGUCUAGAGAAAUGGCAGGACGAUCUAAGUACAGGGGGAAGCUCUUCAAACUCCAGCACUUGUACCAAAGCAUGAGGGGUAAAGGCUUCGAAAUGGGGCACAACUCAACUGUAACCAAAAAAAAGAAGACCAUCUUUAUAUAAUUUUUUUUUUGGUGACUGCGGGGCUAUUCACUGGUGAAAGUUAAUAAGGAGUCAUUAAACCUCCUUUUCCUUUAUUGUGCUGCCAAAGGCACACUCCAUCUGCUGCUUAGAGCCACAUUUUUUGUGAGGCACCUGUAGCACAACAGCAAUAUCUAUGCCUCUGUGUUGGGUGGUCGGUGCAAGGUCUUUGCAACACCCAAGACCUCUUUGCACUGUCCCACCACUACGAGGCAUUUUACACAAACAGGUUAAAGAAGGGUACCUGCGUUUUGCCGCAUCAAACUAUAUCCAGAAUCCAUAGCACAAAAAAACCAAAGAUAUAAUGAACCACAACCUCAUAACACAGUGCCCCCCCCCCAGCACAAAUCCUUAACCCUGGUGGUUUCAAAGAACAUCUCUAUUUUUGUUGCUUCCAAAAAGGUUUCAUCUAGUUUUACAAUAUAUUUUACAGUCUUUAUAUUAUUUUUUACCAAAUGUCUAAACUUAGAUGCCUCUCAGAUACAGUUUUGUGAUGUAAAAGUACAGUUUGAAGCACAAAGUAUAAUAUAUAAAGAUACAAAUAGAUAUAUAAUCGACAACUUGAAUCCAGCCACAUUCCAUACGUUUGUACAUAGUGUAGACAUGCGCUCAGGAGGUCACUCUAUGUGGGCAUCAGAAACAAAAAGGGUAAUUUCAUGUUCUCUGUGGAUCUAUUUUGUCAGAUAACGUGGAGGUUGUUGUAUUAUUCACUUGACCAUGAAAGGGUGUUGAAUAUGGCAAAUGACCAAAGAAUUGACUUACUAAUCUUGGGGGACAUCUUGUCCAAAUUUUAGUAAAUCAAAGCCACCACUUACCAUUUUCAAUACACCAAUAUUUGUCUAUACUGGGAACAUCGCUGUCUAAGGAUAAGCCUUGUUCCCAAACCUUACAGCACACCAAAGAAAAAAAUAUAACCAAAGAAUGUAGAACAGCAUGUUUUACAACCCAAACGCAUAGUGUGUUUGCUUCACCAUUCAGAGGUCUGGAUAGUUUACAACAUUAUAAAUAUAUAUGUGUGUGUGUGUGUGUAUGUGCGAAGAAUAUUUACGAUAUUUCAUUUUUGCUAGUAUUCAUGUUCAUUUCACACUGCCGUACAAUUGGCACAGCCAUUCAACAUGGCUGCUGUUCUUCCAAGAGAUAAUGUUUGUGGUUGGUUUCUGUUUUGUUCACCAGUGAAUUGCCCCUCAUAGUAUACCUGGGUCUGUGUUCCAAGCCAAAGGCUAUAAUAAUUUGUUAAAGACAUUCAAGACUUUUUUUUAUGUACCACUUAAUUGAAACCAAAGAAACUUUUUUCUGCACCUACUUCUUCUGCAAACAAACUGUUCCAUUAAGAAAAGGAAGCACGUCAGGAAAACUACUAACACACACUGUGUUUGGACAAACGUAUUCAGGAAGCAGAUCUUGAAGAAAAAGGGUUGGCAAGGGUGAAAAGGCAAAGCGAAUACUGCAGGAUGCUGUUGCUGCUUCAUUUGACAACUCACUUAGUUCUCUUAAAGUUGAAGAUUGUCUUUAUUUUGUGCCUAUGCAGUUUUUUUUUUCUUCAAAGAAAACAAAGGGACAGAGCAACCAAAACCUCAAUAGCUACAGUACCAAAGAAGAGGAUUCUCAAUAGCUUUCUUUUUCAGAUCAUACAUUCUUCUUGCACGGCUAAGCACGUACAGUAUCACCAUCAGGUUUUUAUUUUUAUUUCUUAAUGAUAAUUGUUAAUUUCAUGGAAAGUUCACACAAUGCAUAUUCCCAGGAUUUAACUGGCUACAAACACAAGAUGUUGGGAUACUCGAAAAUAUUUGUGUGCAGAAUGUUUUGUUUGGUCAAAUAAGGUUUUUGGAUUCGGGUCAUUGCACAGAAUGAUUAUUCACGAUAACAAUAAGUAAAAGGGGAAAGUUUGAGUGGAACUAAUUGUUAAGCAAAUUGUAUUCCUUUAAAAGCUAUUUGGUAUUUACAAAAAAAAUUGGUGUGGAUUUUUUUUCUACUCGCUAUUUGGCCAUAAUCAACUACACCAGUUCAAAAGUAUUUACAAACAAGUUCCGACCAUUAUUGUAGCACUGACCCCAUUUUUAUUCUGGAUUAAUUUAUUGGGACACAUUUCUGAGAAGCACAAGAGUUAUAGUCAGCUCCCUUCCCCAGUUGCAGAAACCUCCAAUUUUGAAUUCAGGGAAAAGCCCCAUCUAACCCUUUCUGGAAGGUUGGACAGCUACAAGCUGAAGAGCUGGCACAUAUAGCAUGGCCAGCACUUUAUAUCGAGCUCUGGAAUUGGGAAGAGGUUCCAAUUACUGCCUUUAGAGCAAUACUACGUAUCCCAACAUCUUCUGUUUUUACGGGGAGUCUACAUCAUGGGCACAUCCUAGAUAAAUUCAACUUUCAAGAAACUAUGUAUAUUAUUCAAUCCCUUGAGUGUCAAAAAGUUCAUCUAAGGCACCGAGACCUUUCUGGCAUCCAAGAGGCCAAUCAUCAGUGGAAGAACAAAGAAUGUGUUAAUUACUAUGGUUGAAUAGCUUUAUUCUCAAUCUAUUUUUACCUAAAGCUCAAUCCAAAGAGAACGAUGAAACCAGCACAAGCAAAUCUAGCUCCUACAUAUGUAAUAGUCACCUCUUGCUACCAAAAGGAACUAGGCUGGGGUGACCACUAUGGCAAAAAAAAUGCUGUUUGCUUGUUAUACUUUUUUGUUAACAUUGUUAUUCAUGUUUUAUUGGCUGUAUUGGCUAAUAUUUAUUUAUUCCUUAACAGAAUCUAAUAUAAUAAUAAUUUAAUGUAAAACUGCUCAAUAUUUUUAAUGAUUUACCCUCCCCCUUUUUGCCCAAUCUCAUUUGUUUGAAUCCAAAGUAUAAUUAACUUAUUAUAAUUAGAGUAAUACACUCUUGCUUUUUCUCCAGUUAUUUAAUGUAAUUUUUGAUUGAAUUUGUUAUUGAUUACUUAUUUAUCAAGGUUAAAGGAUUACAGCAUCAGAGAUGCUCUUUUGUUAGACUAUGUAUCUUUGCUUUACAAAGCAGCCAAAUUCUGUUACAUAUGUUGAGAAAAAAAGCAGGUUAUGGGAAAAAAAACAGUUUUCAAAAAUGUAUUUAAUUUUACAAUGGUACUUUUUGUAUGAUCUGUAAUUAAAUUAUUUAAGUUUACUCCUGUUUGUGUUGAAAAAAACGGAGAUGAGAAACAUCCAAUAAUUUUGACCUUUUAUGUCACAGUGCGACUUAUUUAUUUAAUUUAUUGGGCAUCCACUGGAACGGUGCGAUUGUAUAGUUUAUAUUUUUAUUUAAAUCAACCAAAGCACUACAAUUUUUUUUAUGUUACUUUUUUUGGCUGAUCAGAACAACAGAGCGACAUAUGUGGACAAGCAUUCAUCAUGACUCUGGGGUUGUACAUUUGGAAUACAAAUUUACACUACUGUUAUUGCUCACCAAAGAUUUUGCUUGAAACUUUUGUGGCUUCUAAUACGAGCUUGGAAAAUGCGACAAGGAAAAAAAAAGACAUUCCAAACCAAAAAAAGAGAGAAGGAUUAAAAAAAAACCCUUAAAACUAGCUGCUUCCAAGAAUGAACUAUGUGUGUAAUGGAAAAAAACUAAAAUGGAAAAAUAAUUUCUAUUCCAAGUGAGAACCAAAAAUAGGCUACCUCACUGACUUUUUUCCUUUUGUAAUUUUAAUCGUGUUGAUGAUACCAAAGAUACCAAAGAUUUGUUUUAGUGUGCGGUCUGCUGCUUGCAUCUGCCUCUUUCCUGGAACCUUCACUCCUUUGGUUAAAGAGAGGACUAACAUGCAUGGCAGUGGAUUGUGUUUCUGCUCUCUCUUGGACAAAAGGAGCUCAUCUUUCUUUAUAAAUAUACAGCUGAAGCUCAGAUAGCCCAAAGAAAAGUCUGUGUGGAAUUGGCUUAUUGACCUGAGAGUGUUUUUUCUGUGUGUAUGUCAAGUUCACAAGGGAGCAAAGCAAGGUGUUGCAGGUCAAGGGAGACCUCAAUAGAUGUAUCUGGAUACACAAAUAGAGGAUUUAUUGGUGCUAGAGUAUUUGAUCAAAUAUUUAAAAUUCACAUUAUACUGUAUCCCAAUGUUUGAUCACUGCCUGGUAGAAGGGUCUAUAUGACAAAGAGGUGACCUUCUGUCUCCCAACAGUGGUGAACCAUUGAAUGUUACCUUCAUUCAAAGACAAUGCACUUUUUCUAUCCGUAGAAAAAACACCAAGAAUGUUUGUGAAUUGCUUCCCAUUCCAGACAUUGGGAAUCAAGAGGCUUAAGGUCCAUGGGUGCAAUAAUCAUCUGGAAACGUAGACAGCUAUGUUUUCGAUGAAAAUUGCAUCAAUGUGCAGUGAGCCUUGCCUUGACUAGAAUAGGAAGGUAUUUAUAUAGCUAUACAUUUUUCUAAUCCAGAGUCAACGUAGUUGAUAUUAUUGAACCUGGAGUUACUUUUUUUCUGAAGAUGCAAAAACUUAAGAACUUAUUCUGUAUGGCAUCAAAAAUGUUUAGCCAAUGUACACAGACAAUAAGAAUUCUCUACCCUACUGUGACAGAGCAUAACUGGGAGCUAACCCUUGGACUUGAAACACAUUGCUUUGACUAGUCUUUAUGAUUUGUUGAAUAUUGUAAAUUUUUACCUGUCUAGAACUGGGACAAUAUGCCAUGUUUAUAAGUAGGGGUUUUUUUUCCAAGUAUUUAUAUAGGCAGUAGAGUAUAAGAGCAUUUGAUUAUCUGUUUUUUUUUUUCAUUUAUACAUAUGAGUGGGAUGUGCAGUACUACUUGCCUUGGCCAAAGGUGCCCAUAUAUAGGAAGACAGUAGCUGUCAAGUUCUUCCAUUCUAUUGACUAAAUCAUCAGCCUCUUGACCCAUGUAUGAGCUCAACCGAACCCUUACUCCACUGAUAUUUAAUUAAUCACAUUUCGCUUAGGUCCCAUUGUCCAUGGGUUGUAUUAGAUGGUAAAUGGUGGAUAUAGACAAAUAGUACAAUCUGGCGAAACAAACACUUUUGGUCUAUGACCAAGUCAAGGCAAUCUUCAUAGACGCAGACACCAACCUCAUCAUGUCUAUGACCUGAUAGAAGAAGCUGUUAGUUGAGUGUCUACAGAGAAUACUAAGGGUUUAUCUUUGUUGAUGCAAAUAGUAUGGCCUUUCCCAUGUAUAAAUGUAAAAAAAAGUUGAAAUAAAACUUCUUUUGUUGGAAAAUAGAUGAAUAUAAUCCUUAGUUUUGAACAGGGCCUAUUGUCUCUUGAAAGGGACACUAACUACCUUGGUAACAGCUCUUGACCUUGCCUUUUCCUCACAGAGUAUUCCAUAACCAUGGGACCAGUGCCUUGCUUAAACCAAAGCAGCAACUUCAUCAGUCCAGAAGUAGCCAAGUUCCGUCUUGUCCCCCCGAUCCCCUGCUGUGAAUACCUCGGCAUUGACUGAUGCUUUGGCAUGUCCGCUCUUUGUAACUGUGGUGCUUUACUACACCCUCUUGCAUAGAACAACAUUUCUUAAAGUAAAAAUACCAAAGGUCCCCUUACCCUAAUCCCUUUUUUCCAGGGCAUGAGUUUCUAAGGACUGCAGGGGCCCCUCAUAAUAGGGGAAAGGAUUUGACAUCCAUCAGUAAUAUCCAACUUGCAGCCAACCCAGUUGAUUUCGGAGGGCUUCAUCAUCCUUGAUGGAUAAAUACAAAAAGUAUUUUGUAAUUGUAUCUACUGUUAUAGGCCCAGGGUGAAUACCCCCACUCCAGCACCCUAAAAGCGGCCCUGCACUUUCAUGUUUUGCUUCUUUGUAAAUAUAUGGCUUUUUCUUGUUUUUUGUACGUUCACGGUUUGAAAGCUUUAAUCUGAAACAGGCAGAGCGGCGGCAGACCGUACAAUUCCUUACCGAAUUUUCUCAGAUAUACCUCAUAGAUACUAGUGGUUAGAGUAAUGUUAUUAUAGCGUAUGUAAUAUAUUGUUCACUGUUUCUUUUAGUAACUGUGAUUUAAGAGAUAAAAGGAAAGCUUUAUACGUUCUAGGUUGUGCUUUUGUAUUAGUGCAGAAGGUGCGCUCAUCAAUUGAAAUGACAUGCGUUGUUCUGUUGGGGGGGGAAUUCAUUUUUUAAUCUUAUUUAUUAGGGAUCGGGGAGCGUUGCAGAAUGAAGCUAAAGUUUACAAUUUCCUAUUUGUUUGUUUGUGUUGCUGAUGAAACAAUCUGUAUUAACGUCUUUUAAUGCCUGAGUGGGGUGGAGGGUGGCGUUGCUGAGCAGGGCACCCACUUGCGCUCUGGCCCAAAAGAAUCGAAUUUGCUUUGUUGAGAAAAUGAUAUUUUACCCUGUUUUGUGAUUUGGAAGUUGUUCUGUAUUAAAAUCAGGGUUCAACAAGCAGAGCUAUGAUUUAAUGCCAGUACCGGUAACCUUCCUGCCUCUAGAUGUUGUUGGACUACAAAGCUCCACAUCAGCUGGUUGGUUCUGAGAGUUGCAGUUCUGUAGCAUUCGGACACCAGCAGGUUGUCCAUCAUUAUUUUAAUGCAUGGGGAAGACAUUAAUAGUAGAAGCAUCAUUUAUUGUGGGGCCAAAUGGCAACAUUUUUAAAUAAAUCCCAUUCUUUUCUCCAAUUAAACUUAUUUCAGCUUUGGAACCUGUUAUAUUAUUUGUUUUUUUUUUUAACACAUUAUCAAUUUGUGCACUGCUAAUAAAUUCUGUUUGAAACAACAAUACCAUCUUCUGAUCAGUUUGGCUGCUCACUAACUUCCUUUACUGACCUAACAAUGAGAGGGUUAUUUAUUAAAGUCUAAAUGCCAAAAACUCCAAAAAUUUUAGUUUUUAGUGCCAGAAAAAACUCACAUUUUUAAGAUUUAUUAUACCCCAAGAAUGGAAAAAGUGUGAAUCUGAAUAUCCAGCAUCUCAGACCUACCGAGGUUGUAUAUAAGUCAAUGGGAGAGGUCCCUAUCCUAUUUGGAAGUUUCUGUGGUCUGCGCUGGAAUUAGCCUUGAAAAUCCAAACUAUUCAGGCAGAAAUCCAAAAAAAUCGAGUGAUUCAGGAAAAAACUCGGAAAAAAAAUCAUACGAUUCGGAUUAUCGUUAGAUUUUUUUGUGUUUGUCCCCGAUUCAAUUAAAUCAUGCUUUUUAAAUAAUAAAUAAGGUCCUAUUGUGGAUUCUAGUUUGGUCGAUUUUUUAUUUAAUUCAGUUUUUCUAUUCGAAUUUUGAUAGAUAAGGCCCCCUACUUAAAAUUAAAUUGAAAUUAAAAUGGAUUUAGUAUGAUGGAGAUACAGGUAUUAUAGGACAAUUGGCAUUUGGCCUCCAUAUUUUGUAAUUUAUUGUGUUUUUUCAAUUAUUUCCAUUUUUGUCGUGUAGCUGUCAGGCUUUGAAUCGUAGUAGCUGUUUGGUUUCUAAGGCUUAAUCACCAUAACAGCCAGGCCACAGUUAGAAACUAAGAAUGGAUAAUGAUUAAAAAAAAGCAUAGGCAUAUAAGCAAUAAAAAUAAAUCUGAAGCCCCGCAAUCUAUCUGGGGUUUUUUUUUUUGGUUGCCGGGGUCAGUGAACCUAACAACCGAUGCAGAUGCAGGUCAGGCAGACUAAUAAUUCAAUAAACAUAUAAUAUUGUAAAGUUGAGCUUCAAGAUAUCUCAAUAUACCGAUGUCUUUGUCCUAUUCAUAGUUAAUUCCAAGAUGGAAGAUGGUGCAUGCCAAUAUAUAGCGAGAUAUAUUGGGAAUAAUGUGAUAAUAGAAGUUGACAAGGAGUCCCAAGAGUUGUGAGUAUCCUGUAAUGGUGCUUAGUGAUGUCAUCAGUUAUAAUCAGUGCUUAGUGAUGUCAUUCUUAUCACAUGACUCAAUAAUGGAGACAUUCUUUUAAAAUGGGAGGAUAAUGGAAGUCAUUAAGGAAUUGCGGGACCUGUAUAAAGGCACUCGGGCUUAUUCAGUCAAUUACAUCAUUACGCACUGAUUUUAACUGAUGACAUCACUAAGCGACAUUUGUAAGGAUAUAUUUUACAUGAUAUUCACAGCUAUUGAGUAUUAUAUAGUGAAUAAAGUACCCCCUAUUGUAAAAUAUAAGGAUAAGUCACCGAGGAGUUCCAUGACCAUAUAAAAUAUACAUUAUAAUAUUACAUUAUACAAGUCACGGAACUCAGAGUUUACUUCUAAUAUCCUCAUAUUUUCCAACAACUUUACUUAUUAUAGUACAUAGGUUUUAGUGAGUCAUGUGACCAAACUUACAUCACUACUCACCGUUUAUAACCGAUGACAUCAGCAGUCACCGUUUAGAAGGUUAUCAUUUAUAGGAUAUUCAUGGCUUUUGUGUAAUAUAUACAGUUAAUGAUCAGGUUCCAAAGCUGACAUGAGUCUACUGGAGUAUGUUGAUUCAAGACUGGAGUUGAACCAGGCAAUUCUCUCCUUCACUGUUCCUUCUGAUUUCUCUACUUUCCUUACCAAUCAUUGGUUGUACACAAUCCUCUUCAGACACCGUCUACUGUCCCGUUCUAUGUUUUGUGGAAUCAGAUUUGGAAAAAAAAUAAUAAUAAAAAUAGAAAAAAACUAGUGAAUAUGGAAACUGCACCCAAUGGUUCAGUCAAAUCAACAGCUAACAAUACCAAAGUUCUGCACAGGGUAAGAAGAGAAGUGUUUGCCCUAUGCAGAUGUACGUCAGCCCAACACUGUUACCGUUAUCAAUGUUACCGCAAAAACCCAGGGGCGUGUAAUCAGCAACUAAAGGUCUUGUAACCCAUAGCAACCAAUCAGCUAUUGUGGGAACCUACAUCUGAUUGAUUUUUUCCAUGGGUGCCUUGACCUGGAGCUGCAAUUAUAUCACCCACUGUAUGUGCAAUUAUUGUUUUAUGUUGACAUAUUUAAUAACCGCAAUCGUUUCUUUAAUAAGAUCCAAUGCUCCAAUAUUUCCAGAUCAGUAACACCAAAGAGUGACGGCUUAUCUGUUAUUUCAGAUUUUUCAGGAGACUUAAAUAAAGUUUAUAUAAACAAGCGACUGCAUAGCUAUGGGAGUUGGGUUGCCACCUGUCCGGUUUUGACCAGAAGGGCUGUCCGGAUCAAAACUGCCUGUCCGGGUUUCCAAAUUAGGAAAACCGUGCAGGAUUUCCUAUGAUUGACGUGGCGUCGGAAAAUCAACAUAGCCCUGCUCCUGACAUCAUGACCCGCCCCUGCAGCAUCAAUCACCCGCCCCCCAUUAUGUCACGGCUCCACCCCCUGCCCAGGGGGCAGAAGGUGGCAACCCAUAUAAGGGAGCAGCCAUUCAGGUUAAAAUGGGGUAAUAGGCUUUACUUAUACCUAAAUAGCAGCCUAUUUAUAUAAACUAUAUUUAAGCCUAUGAAGCAAAGACACAAUUUAUAGUAUUAUAUUAAAAUGUGUAUAAAGCCCAUUUUAGUGUUACGGAUCCUUUACCCUAGAAAUUCCAGCAGCAUCUACACAAGCCCUGGAAUUCCCCGUUUUUGCCAUAGACACCCGUGACAUAUACAGGUAUGGGAUGCAUUAUCCGGAAACCCGUUAUCCAGAAAUCUCCUAAUUAUGGAAAGGCCAUCUCCCAUAUACUCCAUUUUAUCCAAAUAAUCCAAUUUUUU